AUGACGCAUCAAAAAGCCACCACAUUCCUUAGUAUUCUUUUGUAUACUCUGUUUGUCGCUGCCCAGGAGGACACGAUUGAGAAAGAAGGGCUUGUUGAAAAGAUAGUGGACGCACUCUCGGAAACCAAAGUGAACGUACUGGCACAAUACAAACAGGAUUUAUUCAAACCGUUAACCGGUCCCUUCUUCAAACCUGUGUGGGAAUUAGGAUCGCCAUACAAUGUAUUCGGAACAAUAGGUUUCCCCCAGCUCAACGAAAUGGAAAGUGAAAUCAUAUCUCCUCGCUUCGUACAGAAUAAGUCUAUUGCGUUCUAUGAAGUGGAAGAUGGAGGGUACCGGUUGUACAAGUUGUCGGUCAAUGUGUCCUUCUUCGAUGUAUUCAAGUCCGUAUUGGAAGCACUUCACACAGAAAACACGUCUACCUUGUAUAGUCCAGCCGACUGUGCAGUCUCGCUGAACACAACUUUGGAACGUGUAAAAUACCAGGAAACCGUUCGUCCUCGAUUCUUUCUUCCGAUAUUUGUGGAUAUUCAUAGAAUACUUCUCAGAUCUCACGAACAGUGCGAAGAAAUGGGUGAAGAGUACGAUUGCGCACCCACUCUUCAAAGCUACACUCAACUACUGUGGAUGUACAGUUGGGUUGUUUGCUCAAUUCUAGGUAGUAGUGAAGUAUACGAUGUUGACGGCAUUUGCCCGAAAAUCUGCAGGCCACACACAAUCGAAGUAAUCUCCAGUGGUCUGGGUUCACCCAUGGGCUCACAAGUUGUGUAUCAGAAAAAUGCUUCCGAAAAUGCAAUCGAUGUGUGCGAACAAAUCAAUCACGCGCUGGCCGGGAGUUGUGAAAUCAAAAGAAAUACAGCAGGCGUUUACAUGGAUGACCUGAAACUUCCAGUUGCUCCAAACCAGGGUGACAGAAGUGAAACCUAUCCAAGGAUAAGAUUGCAAAGAGAGACAAAUACCUAUUGUAGCGUGGUAAAUUUAUCAAAUAGACCGUUAAGUGAGAAAGAGCGCACUCUGCUAGACAAAGGCGUGAAUUUCACAUUGAGCAAAAGGGUGAUAAGGUCGAAAGAAAUAAUCUCUAGCGUUGAAUCUGUGUUUCAAAAGCUUCCGUCAAUGGAGGCAGAGAGGCUACGGAUACAGCUGGUCACAGUUCUUAAGUCCCAGCAGCCAGGAGAUCCAAAUAUUACACCAACAGAGCGAAGAGCUUUAAACACUCUAAAACUGGUGGACAACAUAGUGAUUACAAAGGCGGAUAAGAGUAAGGCCACUGUUGUUAUGAACAAGAGUGAUUAUUUACAGAAGUGUACCUCAAAAGCAUACGAGUGGAGCGUUAGGGAUGGCUACAGAGGAUGCUUGCUCGUGCCCCGAAUCAUGGAAUCCGCCAGUAUAUCCAAUACAUCCACCUGGAGAAUAGACUGUCUACCGGAAGAAAACAUAUGUGAUAAACAGGGUUCGGACGCCUGCUACUAUCGUCUCCGUCAUGAAUCACAAGGUGAUACGCUUCAUCCAACCGAUACAGUUCAAAUAUCCUACCAUCCCUUCUGCCACUGUCGUGACAAUUAUGCUGGGCCACUCUGCAACAUUACCCAUGAUCCCUGCAAACAUCCUAUCAACUUAGCAAUCACGGAUCCGAAAAAUUAUUUGAAUAUUCACAUACCAGAUGGUCCACAUGUGCCGCUUUACUACGAAAAUGAUUCAGCCAGAGCCAGCGGGGAUUGGCUUUGCAAAGCUCAUGGGACAGCCAGCAAGUGCGAGAAGAAUAAUGCCACAGAAGGCGGUUUUGAAUGCAUUUGCGAAAGAGGUUUCACCAGAGAUACAACUUACAGCAGGUAUGACAAUUGCAUGAAAGUAAUUAAAGCGGUCAACAUUUCUGACGGUGAUGGUUCUGGUGCGGUGAUCUGUGGGGAAAACAAGUGUCUAAACAAUGGAACGUGUGUACGAAAGCCGACGCAGUCGUCGACUCGAUACAACGAUACGUAUGAAUAUCCGGAGCUCGAUGAAGCCCUGGUUUGUCUGUGCCCACCCGGCUAUUUUGGAGUGUCAUGCGAUGUUGUGGAGAACAAGUGGUCUGUUUGGGAUGCUUGGAGUCCAUGCGUGCCAAGUUGUGGGAAUUGGCGCUACAAAUACCGAAUGCGAUCCUGUAUUGGAGAUGCUGGAUGCUUGGGUUCCGCUUUGGAAAGUGACCGGUGCGAGGACACCAAGUGUGAGUUGAUCAGCGCGAUUGAAAAUGUCAGCAGUAUACAGGGCCCGUCUGGUUCAGAGGGUCGCUAUCACUCCGUUACCCAGUCCACCCUGCUGAUCUGGAUGUUGGGAUUCCUAUUACCGUUAGAAAUGCUACUGAUUUUUAUCGGCGUAGUUAUUCUGGAGAAGUGCAUUCUUAAAUACUGAUGCACUUCAAUGUCGGUUUGUUAAAUCCGAAAUGAAUCGGUUCCCCUUGUACAAGUGUUCUGUUUCAACCAAUCUCAUGUUACCUGCAUUUUGUAAAAUAACAACAAUCUACUGAAUUCAUAAUCCAGUGAUAUACUACUUCUGGCAUUUCUACCAAAUCAAAAAGAGCGUCUGACCGAACACGGAAUGGUAUCCGGUUU